AUGGUCAAGUUCCUCGACAAGCUCUCGGAUCUGGCAAAAGCGGCGCUCGGCCAGAAGAGCGGCGCGUCCUACGACGCGCGCGUCGUCGCCGAGUCGCAGAAGCGCUACGAGAGCCUCCUGCGCGACGUGGAGCGCAUCUUCCCCGGCGUGUCGACGAUCGUGCUCGCGACGAUCGGCGGCGACGUGCUCGCGCGGCACCCGCGGCCGCCGAGCGCGUCGAAAGCCGCCGUCGACGACUCGGAGUUCGAGGACAUCCCCGCGGAGCUGCGGGCGCUGGACGACGAGAUGACCGCCGGCGACCUCGAGUUCGACGAGUUUCUCGUCGGCGUCACGGCCGCGUACCGCGUGUCGCGGAUCUACGUCGCCGAGGCUUUGACGCCGGACCGGCCGAAGCGGCCCAAGGCGGCGACGGUGCCCCGGUCGCCCCUCUUCCGCGCCGUCGGCGCGCGCGUCUCCUUCUGGGUCUACGGCGUCGACGACGGCCACGUGCUCGCCUUCCACGCGGACGCCGCGUGCCACGCCAUCGACUCGACGGACGCGGACGCGCGCGUCGCCGCGGUCGUCGACAACAUCCGCGUCGCCAUGCGCGGCGCGGCGACGGCGCGGCGGCCCGUGCCCCGGCGCAAGAUCAAGGAGCGGCCCUGGACGCCGGGCGCGAAGCGCGCGGCCGCGUGGGGCCGCGACUCCAGCGCCUACGAGAGCGCGUUCCCGACGUCCUCCAAGCCGCCGCCGCGGAACCACCCGUCCGACUACGCCAAGCCCCCGGCCCCGGCGGAGCCGCCGAAGCGGCCGUCGUCGGAGCCGCCGAAGCCGCCGCCGUCGAAGCCGCCGACUUAA